AUGUACGACACUAGAGCACGUGGACGGUCUCUCAAGGAAGACACUAGAGCACGUGGACGGUCUCUCAAGGAAGACACUAGAGCACGUGGACGGUCUCUCAAGGAAGACACUAGAGCACGUGGACGGUCUCUCAAGGAAGACACUAGAGCACGUGGACGGUCUCUCAAGGAAGACACUAGAGCACGUGGACGGUCUCUCAAGGAAGACACUAGAGCACGUGGACGGUCUCUCAAGGAAGACACUAGAGCACGUGGACGGUCUCUCAAGGAAGACACUAGAGCACGUGGACGGUCUAUCAAGGAAGACACUAGAGCACUUGGACGGUCUCUCAAGGAAGACACUAGAGCACGUGGACGGUCUCUCAAGGAAGACACUAGAGCACGUGGACGGUCUCUCAAGGAAGACACUAGAGCACGUGGACGGUCUCUCAAGGAAGACACUAGAGCACGUGGACGGUCUCUCAAGGAAGACACUAGAGCACGUGGACGGUCUCUCAAGGAAGACACUAGAGCACGUGGACGGUCUCUCAAGGAAGACACUAGAGCACGUGGACGGUCUCUCAAGGAAGACACUAGAGCACGUGGACGGUCUCUCAAGGAAGACACUAGAGCACGUGGACGGUCUCUCAAGGAAGACACUAGAGCACGUGGACGGUCUCUCAAGGAAGACACUAGAGCACGUGGACGGUCUCUCAAGGAAGACACUAGAGCACGUGGACGGUCUCUCAAGGAAGACACUAGAGCACGUGGACGGUCUCUCAAGGAAGACACUAGAGCACGUGGACGGUCUCUCAAGGAAGACACUAGAGCACGUGGACGGUCUCUCAAGGAAGACACUAGAGCACGUGGACGGUCUCUCAAGGAAGACACUAGAGCACGUGGACGGUCUCUCAAGGAAGACACUAGAGCACGUGGACGGUCUCUCAAGGAAGACACUAGAGCACGUGGACGGUCUCUCAAGGAAGACACUAGAGCACGUGGACGGUCUCUCAAGGAAGACACUAGAGCACGUGGACGGUCUCUCAAGGAAGACACUAGAGCACGUGGACGGUCUCUCAAGGAAGACACUAGAGCACGUGGACGGUCUCUCAAGGAAGACACUAGAGCACGUGGACGGUCUCUCAAGGAAGACACUAGAGCACGUGGACGGUCUCUCAAGGAAGACACUAGAGCACGUGGACGGUCUCUCAAGGAAGACACUAGAGCACGUGGACGGUCUCUCAAGGAAGACACUAGAGCACGUGGACGGUCUCUCAAGGAAGACACUAGAGCACGUGGACGGUCUCUCAAGGAAGACACUAGAGCACGUGGACGGUCUCUCAAGGAAGACACUAGAGCACGUGGACGGUCUCUCAAGGAAGACACUAGAGCACGUGGACGGUCUCUCAAGGAAGACACUAGAGCACGUGGACGGUCUCUCAAGGAAGACACUAGAGCACGUGGACGGUCUCCCAAGGAAGACACUAGAGCACGUGGACGGUCUCUCAAGGAAGACACUAGAGCACGUGGACGGUCUCUCAAGGAAGACACUAGAGCACGUGGACGGUCUCUCAAGGAAGACACUAGAGCACGUGGACGGUCUCUCAAGGAAGACACUAGAGCACGUGGACGGUCUCUCAAGGAAAACACUAGAGCACGUGGACGGUCUCUCAAGGAAGACACUAGAGCACGUGGACGGUCUCUCAAGGAAGACACUAGAGCACGUGGACGGUCUCUCAAGGAAGACACUAGAGCACGUGGACGGUCUCUCAAGGAAGACACUAGAGCACGUGGACGGUCUCUCAAGGAAGACACUAGAGCACGUGGACGGUCUCUCAAGGAAGACACUAGAGCACGUGGACGGUCUCUCAAGGAAGACACUAGAGCACGUGGACGGUCUCUCAAGGAAGACACUAGAGCACGUCGACGGUCUCUCAAGGAAGACACUAGAGCACGUGGACGGUCUCUCAAGGAAGACACUAGAGCACGUGGACGGUCUCUCAAGGAAGACACUAGAGCACGUCGACGGUCUCUCAAGGAAGACACUAGAGCACGUGGACGGUCUCUCAAGGAAGACACUAGAGCACGUGGACGGUCUCUCAAGGAAGACACUAGAGCACGUGGACGGUCUCUCAAGGAAGACACUAGAGCACGUGGACGGUCUCUCAAGGAAGACACUAGAGCACGUGGACGGUCUCUCAAGGAAGACACUAGAGCACGUGGACGGUCUCUCAAGGAAGACACUAGAGCACGUGGACGGUCUCUCAAGGAAGACACUAGAGCACGUGGACGGUCUCUCAAGGAAGACACUAGAGCACGUGGACGGUCUCUCAAGGAAGACACUAGAGCACGUGGACGGUCUCUCAAGGAAGACACUAGAGCACGUGGACGGUCUCUCAAGGAAGACACUAGAGCACGUGGACGGUCUCUCAAGGAAGACACUAGAGCACGUGGACGGUCUCUCAAGGAAGACACUAGAGCACGUGGACGGUCUCUCAAGGAAGACACUAGAGCACGUGGACGGUCUCCCAAGGAAGACACUAGAGCACGUGGACGGUCUCUCAAGGAAGACACUAGAGCACGUGGACGGUCUCCCAAGGAAGACACUAGAGCACGUGGACGGUCUCUCAAGGAAGACACUAGAGCACGUGGACGGUCUCUCAAGGAAGACACUAGAGCACGUGGACGGUCUCUCAAGGAAGACACUAGAGCACGUGGACGGUCUCUCAAGGAAGACACUAGAGCACGUGGACGGUCUCUCAAGGAAGACACUAGAGCACGUGGACGGUCUCUCAAGGAAGACACUAGAGCACGUGGACGGUCUCUCAAGGAAGACACUAGAGCACGUGGACGGUCUCUCAAGGAAGACACUAGAGCACGUGGACGGUCUCUCAAGGAAGACACUAGAGCACGUGGACGGUCUCUCAAGGAAGACACUAGAGCACGUGGACGGUCUCUCAAGGAAGACACUAGAGCACGUGGACGGUCUCUCAAGGAAGACACUAGAGCACGUGGACGGUCUCUCAAGGAAGACACUAGAGCACGUGGACGGUCUCUCAAGGAAGACACUAGAGCACGUGGACGGUCUCUCAAGGAAGACACUAGAGCACGUGGACUGUCUCUCAAGGAAGACACUAGAGCACGUGGACGGUCUCUCAAGGAAGACACUAGAGCACGUGGACGGUCUCUCAAGGAAGACACUAGAGCACGUGGACGGUCUCUCAAGGAAGACACUAGAGCACGUGGACGGUCUCUCAAGGAAGACACUAGAGCACGUGGACGGUCUCUCAAGGAAGACACUAGAGCACGUGGACGGUCUCUCAAGGAAGACACUAGAGCACGUGGACGGUCUCUCAAGGAAGACACUAGAGCACGUGGACGGUCUCUCAAGGAAGACACUAGAGCACGUGGACGGUCUCUCAAGGAAGACACUAGAGCACGUGGACGGUCUCUCAAGGAAGACACUAGAGCACGUGGACGGUCUCUCAAGGAAGACACUAGAGCACGUGGACGGUCUCUCAAGGAAGACACUAGAGCACGUGGACGGUCUCUCAAGGAAGACACUAGAGCACGUGGACGGUCUCUCAAGGAAGACACUAGAGCACGUGGACGGUCUCUCAAGGAAGACACUAGAGCACGUGGACGGUCUCUCAAGGAAGACACUAGAGCACGUGGACGGUCUCUCAAGGAAGACACUAGAGCACGUGGACGGUCUCUCAAGGAAGACACUAGAGCACGUGGACGGUCUCUCAAGGAAGACACUAGAGCACGUGGACGGUCUCUCAAGGAAGACACUAGAGCACGUGGACGGUCUCUCAAGGAAGACACUAGAGCACGUGGACGGUCUCUCAAGGAAGACACUAGAGCACGUGGACAGUCUCUCAAGGAAGACACUAGAGCACGUGGACGGUCUCUCAAGGAAGACACUAGAGCACGUGGACGGGGGAGGCGGCGGCAGUAG